GUUUGAUCAUAAACUCCAUCGCUUUUAUGCCUCCUAUAACUAGCAAUGGCCCACCAAAGCAAAGCAAAAACUGAGGAGGGUCUGAACUCUGGAGUACUGGUGAAACACACAUGAGAGAAUUCACUCCCAACAAAGAUUCAACCCCAACAAAGAUUCAACCUUUGUGACUACCCAAUUCAGCCCAACCCUUUUUCUUUUUACGCUUUUCCAAACUUUUCGUACAUCACCAAAGAAGCCAAUGAAAACCCCUUCCUCUAAGCAAAGCUAGACUCUACAGCUCUACUCUACACUAUACAACUCUGAGUCAUGGUAUAUACUAUAUACUGAUAAUAUUAUUUGUAUUGCUCUUUAAGAAAGUUAUCAACUUGGUUGCCCUUAUAAACGCAAUGUGAUUGGGUACAUUGGUGUGAUUGGAGUCAUAGAAAAGGUGGAUGAAAAGGGUCUCUCUGUUAUGCUUCUGCUCAGGUUAUGGUGGGUGAACUAAGGGGCUUUGUGGCUUUGAUUUGAUGAAGUUCUUAUUAUUGGAAUAAGAAAUAAAAUGAGUGCCUAUAUUACAUUGGAUUUGGAGCGUAUACUCAAGGAGAUACUUCAAGUGGUCAAACCUCAGCAGGACGAUAGGUCAACACGGUUGCAAGUCAUUAAUGAAUUACAAGGAGUCGUUGAAUCUGUGGAAAGCUUGAGAGGUGCAACAGCGGAGCCAUUUGGUUCAUUUGUGUCCAAUCUGUUCACAAGAUGGGGUGAUUUGGAUAUUUCAAUCGACUUACCCAAUGGUGCAUAUAUUUCAUCUGCUGGAAAAAAGCGCAAACAAAAUUUACUAGUUGAUUUCCAAAAAGCUUUGAGAAAGAUGGGUGGAUGGCGCAGGAUAAAAUAUAUCCCCAAUGCAAGAGUGCCAAUCCUAAAGUUUGAGAGUAGCCGCCAGAGCAUCUCUUGUGAUAUAUCGAUUGAUAACCUGCAGGGCCAAAUGAAAUCCAAACUUUUAUUUUGGAUUAGUGAGAUAGAUGAGCGUUUUCGUGACAUGGUUUUACUGGUAAAAGAAUGGGCAAAAGCACAUGAUAUAAAUAAUCCAAAAAGUGGAACUUUCAAUUCAUACUCUCUUAGUCUGCUUGUGAUCUUCCAUUUCCAGACAUGUGAGCCUGCAAUUUUACCACCUCUUAGAGAUAUAUACGCAGGAAAUGUUGCUGAUGAUCUUCAAGGUGUGAGAGCUAAUGUAGAGAGACAUAUUGCAGAAACAUGUGCUGCUAACAUACACAGGUUCAGGCAAAACCGAACCAGAAAAGUUAAUCGCAGUUCUUUGUCUGAGCUUUUCAGGUCAUUCCUUGCUAAGUUUUCUGACAUAGGUUUGAGGGCCUCAGAACUAGGAAUUUGUCCCUACACAGGAAAGUGGGAGUAUAUAAGGAGCAAUAUGAGAUGGUUGCCCAAAACUUAUGCCAUAUUUAUCGAGGAUCCUUUUGAGCAGCCAGAAAAUUCCGCAAGGACUGUUAGUAUGGGUAACUUGACAAGGGUAUCUGAAGCAUUUGAGAGAAGCCGCCGUACACUUAAUUCAGCUGAUCAGAAUCGGGGUUCUCUCCUUGCCACACUCGUCCCACCACAGGUAUCACAGUAUAUUGAGAGAGCAGCACCCCUUCGGAGCCCAACUUACAAUGGCGGAUGCUACCAUCCCCAACCAACUCGUCCACAAGUGUACAGGAACAUGCACAUGCCCUCACAAACACGGCAUCAAUUUCAGAACAUGAGGCUUGAGACCCCACAAACACAGCAUCAAUUUCAGAACAUGACGGUUGAAACCCGGUCCAACAAUUCAACUGUGACAAGGCCUGUGCAGGCGAAUCACAAUCAAGGACAGCAGAGAUGGAGAGCAAGAUCUGACAGAUAGGGUGUCACCGGUUUUUGAUUAUUCAAUUGGCUUUUUACUGCACAGUACAUCGUUUCUCUUGAAACUUUAAUAUUACCCAGUUGUUUUGUGUCUGCCAAGAGUAUAAUUGUUGAAUAGUAUAUGUUGACCAUUGCCAAAUCAAUUGAGAGAAGCUGAUUGAGUUUUGUGAAGCAUUAGCGGUUUCUUGA